GCGCAGGGCGAGAGUGGGCGACCUCAUAUAGCUUGCGCGGGAGUCGAUUCCUUUAUUUGUUCGUAGUCCGCGACGUGGUAGUGCCGUGUGGACACAGGACAUCAUGCGUACGAUAUUGAUAUGUAUACUGUGUGCAGUCACAGCUUAUGCACAGUACGAUUCACCUACUCCUCCAAGACUACAAAUAGCUGGUGCAAUUCCGUUAGGUGGCCCAGUGAGACAAGGUGGAUUCCGCCAAGGAAGAAUCAAUAGCGCUCCAAUCCCAGGAGCAAUACCGAGAGGCAGAAGACCUGGUCUUGUUAGACCUUCCUUUAAAUCUGUAGACGCUUCACCAAGGCCCAGUCUUCAAUCAAUAGAAGAACCAUCUAAACCAGUGACAGAAGAACCGGAAGAUGAUUAUGAAAUAAACACACCUACUGCUUUCUCACCUAAUAUUCUUUCAACACCGGAACCACAGAAUGAUUUCUUUGACAUCUCUACCACAUCUCAACCGAAACCACCGAUAAUUUUCAAUCCAGCGCCAUUCCAACAGUCUACACCAUCAGUAUUGAAACCUGAGCCAAUUAAGCCUACACAAUACAGACCACUACUUGCACCGCAGUCUUUCAAUCCAAUAAGAAACGAACCUAAGCCUCAGCCCGUAAGACUGCAGCCAUUGUCGAGUAGACCUCAACGACCAGUUUUCAGACCCGAACCCAGACCAUUCGUUGAAGAAGAAGAGGCACCUAUACAACCUAUCAGACAGUACACGAGACCCCAAGAACCUAUUCGUGCGCCUGUCAAGAGCGCACCUCAACAGAAAUACACUCCAUCCAAUCCUAGAGAAAAGAAGCCUGUCGCACAAAUUAUUCGUAAAUAUAGAGAAGAAAAUGAGGAUGGAAGUAUUACAUGGGGUUUUGAAAAUGAUGAUGGUUCUUUCAAAGAAGAAACCAUUGGUGUCGAUUGUAUCACCCGAGGCAAGUAUGGAUAUGUUGACCCUGAUGGUUUAAAGAGAGAGUAUAAUUAUGAGACAGGUAUUGCUUGUGAUAAAAACAAUCCAAACCAGGAGGAAAAAGGAUUUAUUGAUUAUCAAGAAAACAAAGCUGUAUUGCCCAAUGGCAUAACUAUCGAUCUCGCUGCCAUGGGCAAAAAAUCUAAGAGGCCAUUCCGAUCAACUGUAAAUCACUAGUUUAGGAUUAAAGUAUUUAUUUUAGGGAAAAGUAAUUUUAAGGUUAUUUUUAUCUUGUCAAGUCAUCAAU